AUGGCUAGAGCGGCAUGCAACGGCACAGCAGCUGCAGCGACAUGCAAUGGCACGGCGGUUGGAGCGGCAUGCAACGACACAGUGGCUGCAGUGACAUGCAACGGCAUGACUAAGGCGGUUGCUGAUGUGGCGUCAAGCAAGCCAGAAAUGAAGGACGAAGCGGCCAGCCUCAAGACGUACGCGGUGGGCUCCAAGGCAACGCCCAACCUAUGGCACGCUCACCUUGGGCACGUCCACUUUGAUGGUGUGAAGCGGACAGCCACGAGCAACGGCGUGUUAGGUAUUGACCUGGAGAAAGGAGGUGAGGAUAUGCCGUGCACUUCCUGCCACGAAGCAAAGCUCACUCUCCAAACAUUUCCGCUGCACGACGAGCGAGAGAAGCAGGUUCUUAGGCUGAAUCUGCCGCCACCACGUACUGUCAUCGUGGUCCCGGUGCCGUCCGUGCAGGGGGGCGAGCAACACAUUGAUCACUUGGUGGGCCCUGCGGGCAGCAAGGCACCCACGUCAGGGCCACCUCCAGGUCCUUCCUCAAGUGCUGAUUUGGCGCCUGUGGGACCAGAAAAUGGUCCCUUUGAGGACGGAGGUGACACGGCUGAUCAUGAGGAGGAAGGAGAGAUGGCAGUGGAUGAGCAGCCGUCAGUGGCCCAUGAGCAUGAGCCUUCACCUGCAGCUUCUCUCAUCCAGCCCAUUCCACAUCCCCCACGUCGCUUUAGCAGGCCUAACAAGGGGGUGACACCUGUACGGUUUCAACCGUCAGCCAUGACGGCACAUAUUGCGGACGAUAAGGACAACCCGUACGACAUGGCGUACCUUGCUGAGGACGAUUGCGACACAGACCGCGACGACGAAGUGGAGUACCUGGACGAGGAUGAGGAGGAGGAAGGCGCUUGGGGAGGUGUCAUCCUUGAUCUGGCAGCAGCAUUGACCGGACCUGAAGAGGAAUGUGUCCUCUCUCUCCACGGGCGCCAUAGUUGGCAUUGCGGGAAGUGGCAGGGGCUGGAAUUGCGUAAGCAAUACACACUGCAGCAAAUGGUGAAGGCCACAAACAACUGGGCCAAGGAGAGCGAGGUGGGGAGGGGCGGCUUCGACGUCGUGUACAAGGGGUACUCGCCACAGGGGCAGAUGUGGGCCAUCAAGCUAUCCACUGUCAUGACCAACGACUUUGAGGGAGAGAUGCGAGCCAUGGCAACGCUCAACCAUGUGGACCUGAUGCGGCUGCUGGGCUUCUGUGUGGAUUAUGGUUUAAGAGUUUGUGGGUAA